UCUUAUAAUUUGGGUCUUUCCCCCUGGAGCAGCAUAAACCGAGUUUGCUCUAUCCUCCAUCAGAGAUUUGAAGGUGGCUAUUGUGUCACCUCCAAGUCUUCUCUUCUCCAGGCUAAAUCUACCCAGCUCCUUCAACCGCUCCUCAUAAGGCUUGGUUUCCAGACCCUUGAUCAUCUUAGUCACCCUUCUCUUCGACCAUCUGUCUGUCUACCCUACAGAUUUGUUUGUCCACUCUAUUCCCCUAAACACACGCUCCUCGGUUCUUUCCCCCUUGGAUGUUCCCACUUUGCCCUCCCCUUUGUCUUUUUCAGGUUCACCAUGGCGACUCCUUUGGAGAAGUGCUUGGCCACCAUCGUCGCAACCUUCCACAAAUAUUCCGGGAAGGAGGGGGAUAAGUACAAGCUCAACAAGACGGAGAUGAAAGAGCUUCUGAUGAACGAACUCCCCGCCUUCCAUGGCAAACGAAUGGACGGGGCAGAAUUCCAGAAGAUCAUGAAUGACCUGGACCACAACCGGGAUCAGGAAGUGGACUUCCAGGAGUUCUUGUGCUUCCUGGCUUGUGUGGCGAUGGGAUUCGACGAAUUCUUUCGGGGUUGCCCCAAAUGCCCACUUCCCCAAAUAAGGGGUUGCCCCAAAUAAGCCCUGGUGGAUCACACUCGUGGUGUGUUCCAAUUUCAA